UUCGCAUUAACGCCAUGUCUUCAUCACUACAGGACUUUUAUUACUUCUGAUAAAUUUAACGAUCAUUGUUAAUAAUUGUGUAGUGGAUUAUGAUUAACUAUUGAUUAUUAACCACAAAGCAAAUGAAACUAGAACAUCUGAGUCUUGAGUGAGAAUAGACGAAUUUUAAUUGAAAAAUAUACAAAUAAUAAAGACAUUUUAUAAAAUAUAUUAAAUAUCAUGACGCUCCCUUAAAAAAAACAACAAUAAAAAAGCUCAUUGUGAGGAGGAAAAGAACAGGGAUUUUGAAAACGUUAUAAUGUUGGAGGGAUGAUAAAUGAUUUGAAUGUGAUGGGGAUUUGAAGGGAACCUAAAAAGAGAAUUGGGGAAGAAAUUGACUUUGAGCAAGGUCAUUUCGAAGGGAAACCAUGAGUAUUACUCUUGUCACGUAGAGUGACACGUGGUGGACAAAGCGCUGAUACAUAGUGACAAGUGUAAAUCUUCCUGCAAGCUCAAUCCAGGUAUCUAGAACACGCGGGGAACUAAAUGGACAAGCGCAAAGUGAUAUGCGCUCUGAGAAACGAAUGAUGCGUCGGCGCGAAAUAGUGUGACGUCUUCCUGAUGGCGUAAAGUGUAGAGGAGGGACUCCGUGCUCGUGGCGUGUCGAUAGACUCAGAGAGUCGUUGGGUUGACGAUAGUGUAGUCGUGGUGUGGUGAUAGCAACGCAUGGUGAAAGCUAGUGGCAUUUAGAGAAUCAUCAGGCAGCGUUUGUAAUUCAAAAUUGUGUAAAGAGUGAUAUCAAUAAAUAGCUCCAAAUAAAUUAUCUUCACUGGAUGAUCAAAGGGUAGUUUAAGCACAAUACGCAGAAGAUUUUUUUAGUCAAGAAGAGCCAUAGAUACGAGCGCGCGCACAUCCUUUGGGGUGAGCUUGAGAGCUUGUUGGACCCAAGCGCCCUCCAUUGGCACUUGCAGAUGUCACAUCGCUGUUUUGAGACACCCCGCUCCGCUUGACGGAUGCGCAAACAUAAACCUCGACACUUAGCCAAGUAGUGAUGGUCAGCUGUGUAGUGAGCACAACAAGGCGAGCCUCCAGAAAUGCGCCUUAGGCACAGUGAACUCGUGAAACGGGAGUGCCCCUGGCAGCGAAAUGUUCGCGUACGGUUUCGAGAUAACAUAGGCAUGUAAUGUCGCGCAAGGCGCCCUACGUAGCUUCACGGUGAAAAUCUGGCGUGAACGGCGCCGCGGUGGAACGGGGAACAUGGCGUCGGGCUCGGCCAGGACUCCAGGCAGCCACGGGCACAGCUUUCGACCAAAAACGUUCCACAAACCUAUGAUAUACUGCCAUAGCUGCUCUGACAUGCUUUGGGCCUUCAUAGGGCAGAGCUACAUCUGCGAAGUUUGUAACUUCGUAGUGCAUGAUCGCUGUCUCGGGACCGUCGUGUCUCCCUGCUCCAGCAUCGCGGCAAGCCUCAUCAAGAACCCGGUUGCACAUUGCUGGUCUGAACAGCCGGUACACCAGAAGAAAAAAUUUUGCAAUGUUUGUCGAAAACGUCUCGAUGAUACAUCUCAGUCUUUACACUGCGAAAUUUGUGAAUAUUAUGUACACACGGACUGUCAGGACUUUGCGGUCGCAGAUUGUAAAGAAAAUGCAACAUACCUGCCGGAAAAAGACUUGAGGUCAGUGAAACAUACGCAUCACUGGCGUGAAGGAAACCUCCCUACUGGUUCAAAAUGUACUCUAUGUAGAAAGAGUUGUUCCACAGAGUGCCUAUCUGGAUUCCGAUGCGAGUGGUGUGGCAUGACGUUGCAUGCCACCUGCUUUGGAAAUCCAGCAGUUUCACCAGAAUGCACCUUUGGAAAUCUAAAACCCAUUUAUUUACCACCGUACGCAAUCAGUAUCCCGCGUACAGAGGUGCCAAUGGAGGCAAUUAUUGGUGUACAAGUGCGACGUAAAGAAAAUUCAACACAUAACAACGGAGAGCAAUUCGAUUUUGCUGAGAGCGCACGAAUUGGGGCGACAGGUCAUCUGGCCGAAGCUUUCAGACGCCUUUCACUAGUUUUUCCACGUAGCUGCCAUGGAAAUUGUCAUGCUUCCCCUCCUUAUGUUCGAGCAAGAAGUACAUCGGAAGAAUUCAGCAGUGGAGACACGAGAAAUCGCGACAACGAUGAAUUAACACAAUCGGCAAGCCACAGUAAAGAUUUGAGAUCCCCAAAAGAAAAAGAUGAUAAAGAACGAGGAGAUGAAGAAACGAUAAAAGUUUACGAUGGCAAUUUAUCCAUGAGAAGAAAAAUAUAUCGGGUAAUCAACGUGCCUCGUUCAGCGACUACAGCAGAGAUUCUUGCAGCGGCUCUUAAAGCGUAUCACAUCACGGAAGUACAUCCGGGUUCUUUAUAUCUAACUGAUUUGUAUGCACCUGAGGAAACACAAUUGUGUGAUCCAACGCCUGUGCUUAAUUUGCAUCGUAAAGAGGGCAAACGCCGUGGAGUCAUCCUACGAUACAGAGAUGAGCCAAGCGGUGAAGUUUGUGUUUAUCCCGGUAAACUUCAAAUCCCACAGCCUUACUGUAUGGUUCAAGUGAAUGAUAGGACAACUGUAGGUGAUCUUAUUCGAGAAGCACUUCAAAAAUUUGGUCUGAAUGAUUUCAACUUUGACGAUUAUCGAUGUAGUGAAAUCCUCAUGAAUCGUGGCGGCGUGUCAGAAAGAGUGUUAGAUAUUGAUGAGAAACCCUGGGAAAUUGUCAAGCUAUUGGGAAAAGAUUCGAUCAGGCUACGAGAACUAAUGAGAUUUUAUCUUCAAUUGAAGCAGGAUCCACACGGCCCUAAUCUCGCAUUAUUUGUUGGAAAUUUACCACCAAAUUCGAGUGAAAAGACAUACGAAACUAUGCUCACUGAAUUUUUGGGACAAGAGAAUAAAUUUUCAUCAAUCGGACCAAUCUAUUAUGAGUAUGGAUCGAUGGUGAUAAUUUACGAAGACUCAGAAAAAGCAGUACGAGCUCUGUACUUACUGCGAGAAGUUAAAUUCGAUGAUAAACUGCUUCUUGUUAUGCUUCUACCAAGUAUUGAACCAAGCAUGAUACCAUCAGGCGUUCAGCCAUUAUUAGUAUUUGUCAACGUCAAAUCAGGCGGAUGUCAGGGUCUCGAAUUAAUUUCCAGCUUUCGCAAGCUCUUGAAUCCCUAUCAAGUAUUCGACUUGGACAAUGGUGGUCCACUACCUGGAUUAUACGUUUUCCGACACAUCAGGAAUUACAAGAUAUUAGUUUGUGGCGGUGAUGGCACAAUAGGAUGGGUAUUACAGUGUUUGGAUAAUGUAGGUCAAGACAGUGAGUGCUCAUCACCGGCAUGUGCUAUUGUACCUUUAGGAACAGGAAAUGAUCUUGGACGGGUUUUAUGUUGGGGAUCUGGAUAUACUGGUGGUGAAGAUCCGUCAAAUCUUUUACGAGAUGUUAUUGACGCUGAAGAAAUUAUACUUGACAGAUGGACUGUAGUUUUUCAUCCUCAAGAUCAAGACGAAUCCGCUGGAGCAGGAUCUACAAGUGAAGAUAAUUCUCAAAUGUUUGUCAUGAAUAAUUACUUCGGCAUCGGAAUCGAUGCAGCUCUUUGUUUAGACUUUCAUAACGCAAGAGAAGAAAAUCCAAACAAAUUUAACAGUCGAUUUCACAAUAAAUCGGUUUACGUCAAAAUGGGUUUGAAGAAAAUGGUUGAUAGAACUUGUAAAGAUUUACAAAGAAAAAUCCGAUUAGAAGUUGACGGCAAAUUGGUGGAAUUGCCACCUUUAGAAGGACUUAUUAUUUUAAAUAUAUGGAGUUGGGGAUCUGGAGCAAAACCAUGGGGUGAAGAUAGAGAUGAACAAUUUCUCAAACCAAACCAUUUUGAUGGCAAGUUGGAGAUUGUGGGAGUAACAGGCGUUGCACACUUGGGACAAAUCCAAUCUGGUUUGCGAAACGCUCUUAGAAUAGCACAAGGCGGACAUAUAAGAAUUUUUUUAACUUCUGAUACUCCGGUACAAGUCGAUGGGGAGCCUUGGACCCAAAUUCCAAGUGAAGUUGUCGUACUCAAAUCCGCAUUGAAGGCUACCAUGUUGAAGAAAAAUAAGAUCAAGCGUCGAAAUACAGAACCGACGAUUCUACCCGCUAAUGGGGAGGGGGGCAAGUGCACGGAAGAGUAAAUCAGCAAAUCAGCGACUAAAAAAACUAGUGUGGGUCAUUUGAAUAGCUUAAAUCAAUUGAAUAAAAGAGAAAAAAUUUUAAAUAAAAAAAAGGUUUGCAAGCUCUGCCCUAGACUCCUCCGUGCACGCGUGCGUUCGUACAUGCGCGCAUAGUGCAAAGAAAGGGGAGUUUCGGACAAGGCAGACCUUUCAUACGGUCGAUCCAGCAAGUUCCCAAUGCAUGCAAUCUCCUAAUCAGUAUCUCAGUAUCUCAAUCUCUUUGUUUCCCCUCCUAUUCUCUUUAUAUAUAAAUAUAUAUACACAUAUAUAUUUACUAUCUUCUCUCACUAUCUUUGUCCAUUCCAAAAUACCUUUGUCCUACGCAGUUUGAGCUUCUCGUAAUAUAUAUAUAUAUAUUAUGCAUCUGUGCAUAUUUUCUAUACAAUUUAUCUUAAAUAAGCGGGUAUUCAUAUAUGCCCAUGUAAUUCUUCCAGUCAGUAUUUUUAUCUUCAAAGUAGGAAUCUUUUAUCCACGUCUUGCGUUACUAUUUUAUAUAUUUAAUUAUUAUCAACUAUAUUUGUUAUUAUUAAUUAUUACGUACCAUCAUAUUUUUAUUCAAACAAUAUUCUUUAUUAUAUCGAGUUCUGAGUUGUUUGUUGCAAUCGGGUUGUCAUUUACUUCGUCAUUGGCACUCAAUUAUUAUCGAUCGCUCCUUUGUGCAUCCCCCUGAUCCUGUCCCUUCCUAGGCCACGAUGCUGAAGAAGACCAAGGGUAAAAUGAAGCGACGAAAUACAGAGCUGAGCAUGCCGCGGUCACUUCAAGUAACAUCUAACGAUCCUGAUCCUAAAGUCUCCUGAGUGGUACACGAGUUCUUUACUGCCCUCAACUAUUCGUUAUGGAUCGUCCGAUGUUUUUAUGAAUGUGCCGCCAUUAAAUAUCGAAGACUAAUCGGCCUCCAACGUCAUCAAAAAUAGUUGAGCUGGACUCUUUGUAGUAGUUUAAGUACUAAGCAAAUGUGCUCUGAAAGAAAUAGAAUGACUUAUGAAAUUUAACAAAUACAAACUAUGAAAACAAAAGGAAUGAGUUUAAGUAAGAUAGCCGACGUGUUAGAUAAAAUUUUAUAAAUAAUUUGUAAAAAUUUAUCAGCAACUAUUGAAAGUGCUAAGGUGAAAAUGAAAUUUUUGUUCUGGCGUCAAUAGAAAGAAAAAACAAUAAUUAUCACCUUUAAAUGUUCACAAUCAUAGCACAGUAUAUAAAUAUAUAUAAAUAGUCAAUCGAAUAUUUUUUUAGUAACUCUUCGAUAGGCCGUGAUAUAUCACGGAUAUACGAAAAAAAUUGCACAAAGAUUGACAUGAGAAAUGUAAUUAUUAAAAUUAAAUGCUUAUAUAAAGUUGUUUUCUGCAUUUAUGUUUUUGAAGAAUGUUAACUAUUCAGAAUGUGAUGAUUAUAGAAAAAAAUAAAAAAAAGAUGAUCUGUAUUGUAUAAUAUUAUGUUUUGUGUGAUUAAGUGAAACAAUUGUCAAUCAACCAAAAAUUUACCACAAAAUUCAUGGCAAUUGCCACGAUAUAAAAAGAGAAUUAAAAAAAUAGAGUUGUUAUCGAUAUUAAUGAUUAAAUUGAAUGAAUAAUAUUUACAAUUAAAUAUUAACAUAUUUACAUACUACUGUAUUAGUAUUAAAUUUUCAUUUAUGAUUGUUGUUAAAUUUGGCUGCGGGGCAGUCUGGAGUUCACAAUUAACGGAAACCAGUCGCAGUCGAUUUUCAUUAGAAUUCAAUCAAUUGAUUAUCAUUUAUAUUUAUUUAUAAAUUAAUAAAAUAUCAGUAGAAAAAGUUCUUUUUUCAACGACCGCAGGCUCGGAAUCUUUACCAAUUCAUCUCUGAACCUUGCCAAGGUAAUGCAAAUAAAAGAAACAUUAAUUGGAAAAUGUUACUGAGGUGAUUUGGUAAUGCCCGAAUAUAAUAAAAGGGCAAGACUCUUAUAAACUACUGAAUAAAUCAAUUUAAUCAUGUAGAUUAUAAAAGUCACUUAAAUAGAAAGAACAAAUAGAACAUAUUCUACUUUUAUGUCACAAAAAAAGCAAAUACAUGUACAAUUCAUAAUCUAUGCCAAAGAAAAAUUUUUAACGUGUUCACUUAAGUUGUUCUGACACGUCGCGGUUGUCGGCAUGAACACAGUCAAAUGUAAAACCAAAAUUACAAAAGAAUAUUAGAUUAAAACUAUUUGGACGGUACUUACAAUGUCCCAGGGUGAUUCUGCGGCACAGGCACUGUGAGUCAACCAUGGAACGAGCACCAUCGAGACAUUUAGCACGUCCUAAUUAUAUUUACCAUAUAGGCUUCGCGACGAUGAAUUUUGUUCGAUUUAACGAGUGUGUGUUGGCAUUAUUUGAUUGAGAGACGAUUUUAGGUGCCAAACAAGAUGUAAAUAAUAAUAUAAUUGUAGCUGUAAGAUUAAUAUGACGAUUAUUGUAAAGUUAAGAAAGUGAUGUCGCAUGUUAAUGCCAAAAUGGGUGUAUAAAAUAUAUAAAGAAUAUACAUACAUAGAGGAUGAGACGUGUUGAUCAUCUGAAUGUCAAAUACAGUUCAUCGAGCAUUACUGUAAUGUGUAAGGGACUCACGUGGGCUGUGUUGCGACGCUUGGGCCAGUUUAAUUGAAGUGCAAAAGAGAAUAUAUGCCUUCGUUAUGUAGAAAAUUAUGAGAGUGUGGGAGAGAAAGAGCGAGAGUGUGAGUAAGUAUGAGCGGAAAGUAAUUUAGCGAGAAAAAGAGAAAAAAAUUAUAAAAAGUCGCAGGUGACACAAUAUGCAGACACCUAGUUUGUGUUAUAAAAGCGCUUGUAGAACGCGCUCUUGCACCUAGUCCGACUAAUCCCGUAGACUCCGCUGGAUGUCUUAAAAAAAUAUUCAUUGAAACCAAAAAAAAAACAAGAAAAAAAAAUUAUAAAAAUGAAAAAUAAUAUUGAAAAAAUAAAACUUACCAAAAAAACCAAAUUAAAGUGGAUGCCAUCGUAUCCGGAUGAUCGAAUGGCAUCUUUUCUCUAACCUGCCGUAUUUGUAUGUGGGCUCAGUCACUCAUACGAUUCAUCCGGUUUCUUCGUAUGAUUGGCACAUUUACGGCAGAUUGGCGAUUACGUUUGUUAAUUUGACCAAACUGUAAUACUGUAAUACUUGCUGUUGCUAUAAAAGAUAGACGAAUAAUAAGCUAUGAACAAUCUACGUAUAAUAAAUGAAUGUAUGUGCUACAAGAUAAAAUAUUUACUUGUUA